AUGAUUCCUCAGACAGUCGACGGCGUACCUGCGGAGGGAGGCCCUAAUGCGGCAGACCUGCGGAGGACGCUCUUAACCAUUAGGGGGCGGGGCAAGGGGCGGUCCACUCGUGAUGACGUCACGUGGGAGCCGGAUGGCACACCAGCGGAGGAGACUCCAAAAUCUGUGCUCCGCAGGUGUCCCAUCUCCGGGACACCCGUGGAGAGCUCUGGACGACCAGCACCCGCGGAGCGCUGGCGCGCACCCAAGCUGGCGUGCAGCCAUCUGCCCAGAACCACUCACUCGCACGCUACAUUGCUCCUGUGCGGAUGCACUCUUCGAACCUUUGACAAGUACCUCCGGACCAAUUCGAGGCUGUUUUGA